CUUUUGUACCAAAAUAUCCACCUUCAAUUAUUGUGACCUGUUAUCCUUAUAAAUUUAGUUGAUUCCUUCACAAACCGAACAUUUCUAGACAAAAAGAAUACAAACAAACCAAAUAUUUCUUUCCAAACUAAGUUGCUACGGCUGACAAGAUGGCACCCGGGAAAGAGCUGGAAAAACUGCUCAGCAUGAAAGGAGGCAACGGAGAAUCAAGCUAUGCUAACAAUUCUCGAGUCCAGGCUCAACUUGUUCAGUCUAUGUUGCAUGAGUUAAGGGAUUGUUUGGAUACAGUCCAACUGAGCAACCCACUGGAAAGGGAAACCCCGUUCGUGGUGGCGGAUUUGGGAUGUUCUUCCGGCAGGAACACCGUUUACAUCGUCGACUUGAUCAUCAAUCAUAUCAUUAAGCGAUACGAGGCCUUGGGUUAUGGCCCUGAUCAGCUGCCGGAGUUCUCAGUAUUUUUCUCUGAUCUUCCCUCUAAUGACUUCAACAACCUCUUUCAGCUCCUCCCAACCUCGGACAGCCACUGGCCGUAUUUUGCUGCCGGAGUUCCGGGGUCCUUUUACGGCAGUCUCUUCCCGGCUAAAUCUGUAGAUGUUUUUUACUCGGCAUUUUCCGUGCACUGGCUCUCUCGGGUGCCGGAAGCAGUGGUGGAUAAGAGAUCAACGGCCUAUAACGAAAGCAAAAUAUUCAUUCACGGUGCGAAAGAGAGCACGGUGAAUGCUUACAAGAAGCAAUUCAAAGAAGACUUUUCCAAGUUCCUUAGGUCAAGAUCUGUUGAGAUUAAAAGAGGUGGAUCAAUGUUCUUGAUCUGUUUGGGAAGGACCUCAGAUGAUCCCACGGAUCAAGAUGGCGCAGGCGUCAUUUACGAUACGCAUUUUGAAGAUGCUUGGGAUGACCUUGUCCACGAAGACUUAAUAACGAGGAAGAAGCGUGAUGAUUUCAACAUUCCUGUUUAUGCUCCCAGUCUUCAAGAAUUCAAGGAAGUGGUGGAAGCCGAUGGCUCAUUUGUGAUUAACAAGCUAGAAUUGUUUAAAACAGUAAGCCUCUCGGCCAAUGGCUACCCUGAUAAUGCGGCUGAGGUGGGCCAGACCUUCGCCAACUUCUGUAGAAGUGCCACCGAUGCCCUAGUUACGGCCCACAUCGGUGAGCAGCUGAGCGAAGAGCUUUUCAUCCGGGUGGCGCGCCGAGCUGCAAAUCGAACAAAAGAAACUCAGCAUGUCCCGAUUCCACAUAUUGCUGCUUCUCUCUCUUUGGGUUAGUUUGAGUUGCUAAUCCUGAGUUUCUCAUGUUUUCUUUUAAACCCAAAGAAAAACAAUCCAUCUUCUUCUCGAUGUUUGCAUCAUAUGUGUUCAUUAAUGGAGAACUGGUUUGAUAUGAUUUUCUUGUCUUUUUUUAUUGUUGUCAUCCAAUGAAUUGGAUAAGCAUUCGAUCAUUCCUAAUAAUUCACAUUCUAGUUUUGAUUAGUUGUUGAUUUUUGCCUUAAUUCAGUGAAAUCUGUAGCUUCAUUGUCAAUAUUCCUUAGUUCGCAAAAUGCUCAAUUGCAUUUUUGCUAAUACGUAUACUACAUAUUUCAAUAUAUUCCCAAUCUAUAUCUAUCUAUAUAUUAUGUUAAAGC